GGUAGUUGAACAUGAUGAACAACUGAGCCUGUGAGCGGGUUGAUUUCACACCGAGAGAAAUGAAGAGUUACGAAGUCGUCGUAUUGAUGUUUUUGUUGUGCUGCUUGCUGACAACUGUUCUCAGGAUUACAAAAGUGGAAAAUGAAGUGAAACCGUUCAAACCACCACAGAUGAAAAGACAACCCCUGGAAAAGUCCAAAACUUGUCCAGGGUGCAAAGGGCAAAUCGAUAAAGUCAUGAAAGAGUUCUCAACCUCUUGGGAGAAGAACGAGAAGAAUAACGCAGAAUUUAGAAAUCUGCUCCACAAGAAGUGCAAUGGUAGCAACCAUGCUAUCAUCUGCCAAGAUAAAUACCCGAGGGGAUCAAAAAUUGGUAAAAUACCGGUGGCAGGGGACCUGGCGAACAUUCUACCUCUUCACUCCCCUUUCUUCAAUAAAACGUGGGACACGUGUUCUGUUGUGGGAAACGGGGGCAUCCUGUUUGACAGCAACUGUGGAGCGAAAAUUGAUUCGGCAGAUUUUGUAUUCAGGUGCAACCUGCCUCCUCUGGACAAGUUUAAGAAACAUGUGGGCAACAAGUCCGGUCUGGUGACGGCGAACCGGUCCAUCCUCAGACUCAACUCAAAGAGCAAUCCCAAGUCACUACUUCAGAGAGUCAGUCAGUACGGCGACGCCAUGAUUCUUAUUUCGGACUUGUCCUCUGCUAUUCUUGCACACACCGUUAAACCCCUUAAACAAUUGAAAAGCCCUGUCCGCCCGGUGUUUUUGAACCAUCAGUACUUGCAGAAACUAAAAGCAUUCUGGUCUUCCAAAGGGGUGAAAGAACGUUUUGUCACCAGUGGACUAAUAAUCAUAAGCUUGGCCAUGGAAGUCUGUAAAACUGUGAAUGUCUAUGGGUUUUGGCCUUUCGGCCGUCAUCCAUUUGGACUUUAUUACCUGUCUCAUCAUUAUUAUGACAACAACCCCCCAAAACCGGGGGUUCAUAACAUGCCUGUGGAGUUUGAGAAACUGGUAGACCUUCACAGGAAAGGAAUCCUCAGACUUCACCUGAAUAAUUGUUGAGGAAACCGUGGAAUUAUUUGCCCUGUGGGUGAAAGAUUUCAACUUGAAACCAGGAGUUCCAAGUGGCCUUACUUGUAUGCUUGCACUAUCAUGACAGUAAAUUAUUUCAGAGGGUUUUUAUAUGUAUAUUUAUUGCAAUUUAUUUUAUGUUUGUGUUUAAAUGAGAUUAUUGAUAUACGCUCGGGGUGUGGCAUGUGCACGAUGAAUACAGCGGACUUCAGAGCAAGUGUGUCAAACUCAAGGCUCGGGGCCCCAACACAUCAUUUUAUGUGGCCUGUGAGACGGACGGUUCACAUUGAGUACAUUUAGCCAUGACUUAGAUGCCUGUUCAUGUUGUCACCAGUGAAGCUCCGAGGGAGUAAGAUGAGUAAGCAAGUGGAGAUGUCGACGUUGAAACUUCCGAAGACAAAUGAGGUGGAGGAGAAGGAGGCAAAGAACCACUUGCAACACAGAAGGCAGCUGUGUCUCCCCAGGACCACUUGAUGAUAGUGAGUCAGGGUGUGUUGGCAUAGUAGGAGUCACAGGAGGGUUAGUUAUGGAGACCAUCGAUAGAACAGUCACACUGGCUCCAUGCAUAAAAAAGCCACAGCACCAAACUGGCAUCAUUCCUGGCAUCUUCUACUUGAGUUGAAGUAGAAGAGUGAAGCUCCAAGGUAAAACUCAUACGUCACUUUACAAGGCAGAAGAGCAUUUCGGGGGCACAACUUGCUAUAAGUGGACACUUGCAGGCCUUGCGUGCUCCAUGUUUAUAUGUUUACCCCAUGCUCAGGGGCUCUCGUAUGACUGAGUGUGACCCCCUGCUCUGGAGUGUCAGCAGACCAGUCAAUAAGCCUUCAUGUUCAUGAAUUAUUCUCUUGGAUUUUUUGUAUUUUUAAACAUUUGUUUAUUGUCAAUAUGUGUGUAUGUAUAUGUUCAGAGGAUAAAAGAUAAUAAUAUAUGAUCAUAUAGUAGAUAAUAAUAUAUAUUUGUACUUGUUGCCAGUCAUCAUUUUGUGCUAUUUUACUGACAAAUGCAUGAAGUCUGUAAACCAUUUAACAUGUCGCACAAAGCCAGUUGUUGACAUCUCUUAUAAGAUUUGUUCUACAGUAUUGUACCCACUGGGUAUCGAAGCGUUUAACCACAUUGCACAUUUGCAGUCGUAACGGAAGGGAACGCAAAAGGUUAGAAAACAACAAUGUAAUAAAGUGGUUAUUCAUCAGUGGAAUCAAUGUUGCCUUAAAAACAUGACAAUAUUUACAGGACACCACACGAUGUUUGGUGAAUGACGGACAUUCCAGGACCGACUGGGUUGUACGAUGGAACAUCUAGUGGGCAGUGAUGCACCACGUCUAUUAUAGAAAAAUGAGGUUUGCAAUUCAGGACCGGUGAAGCAUCUAGAAAGUACGUGCCGGACCUGAUUUACCUGAUCAUGUCCUGUGACCUGCAGCGAUAAGGAAUCCACCCUCAUUUGGUAUUUGUCACGCAGAGAUGGAAGCUUAACCAGCUUCACCAGCUCUUAAAACAGACAUCAAAACGUCCUACAUAGAGGCACACGACAGGGUUGCUGUUUGUCACCAAUGCUUUUUGCUUUGGUGAAUGAACCUCGAGAAAUUGCUUUCAGCAAUGAUGUUCAUGUUCAUGGUAUGAAACAAGGCAUGAUCACCUCUAAGUUCUGUUUGUAUGCUGAUGAUGUGGUCCUAAACUUGUCUGACAUCACAAGCUCCAUCCCACCGUUCCUGGUGUGGAAUAAAACUGUUCUCAUGCCCCUCAGUGAUGGUUCAGACAAAAACCUUCUCUCCCCUUUUGAAGUUUCCACCGAUUAUUUCACUUAUUUAGGCAUAAACAUCAACAGAAAUCCCCCCAAACUUUUUAAAUCAUUAUUUAGCUCUUGUUGACAAGUGAAAAACGUUUGUUGAAAGAUGGAGACUUUUGCCUCUCUCACUAAAUUCCAAAAUCUUCCGUUAUUUUUGAACACUUCUUGCUUUAAAAACAUUGAUUCCAUCAUUGUGCCCUUUAUUUGGUCUUAUAAAACACCCCACAUAAGCAAGGCACACGAAUAGAAAUCUAAAUGUGAAGGGGGUUUUGGCCUACCAAUUUUCCAACAUGACUACUGGACAUGUAAUGCAAAAAACUUUACUUUCUUGAAUCAGUCAAAUCUUGUAAAUACUGGGGUUAGUCCUCGCAUCCCAUCCUGGGCCAUAACUGAGACUAAUAACCUCAUAUCGAGUCAAGGUAUAUCGCCAUCUGCUGUCUUAUUUUCAAAAAUAAACCUGCAAUUUAAGUAUAUUAAAGACAAUUUUAUAUUAUGGAACUCUUUAAAUGUUUUGAAAUGACUCAAAAACAUUCUUAACAUUCCACAGACUGAGUCCGUGUUCAUGGACUAGGCCAAGAGGGGCUUAGCUACAAUAAGGGUUAUGUAUGUGGGUGGUCAUUUUGCAUCAUUUCUACAACCUUUUCAGGUGUUUUCAAGAGAGGAACUUUGUCGGGCUCAACCUUCUAGUCUAAUGGUUUUAGCACGUUCUGUGUUGCGUAUAUGUGGCUUCAGUCAUGAUGGGUUGUUCCCAUGAUGCUAAAAAAGUGACCUAAAACGUUACAGCAGGCAGCAGCCAAGAAGUCAGUUCCACCUCCAUGCUACAACAUCAGGAUUCUGGAGGAGAUCAGAUUUUCUAUGGCUGGCAAUGUGGAAAAAUAUCAUCAAACCUGGGAUCCAUUUAUCAACUACAUUAAAAGGGGCUCAUAAACUUUGGAAAAUGAUCCUUUUGGACUUUGCCUGUUUCUAAACAUGAAGGACUGACUGACCCCUGGG